GCCUGUGUCGCCCCUCGGGGCCGUGCCCGGGGCUGCGGCGCCGGUUCCGGGGGGGGGGCUUGGCCGGCCGCCCCGCGGCGCCGCCGAGUCCGCUCGGCCGAGGCCCCCGCCGCUGACCCCUGCUCUGCUUCUCAAGUUGUAGAUUUUGGCAAGUGUGUUGUUAACUGGCAAGCACGAGAGCCUUGGAGUUGUGGGGUCUAUUCUAACUCCUUCCAGCUGAAGUCCAGGACUGUACAGGGAAGGCGAAGGUGAAGGUGAAGGAGGGGACAUCGGAGAGGCCUAGACAAAGCAGCCUACGGGGGCCCAAAACUUUGGAUGGGGAAGCUGUUGAUGCUGAGACUCAGAGAGAUUAAGUGACUUUCCCAAGGUCACACAAUUACCAGAAUGUCCACUGAUGGAGGGUUUGGCAGUACCAGCAGCAGUGAUGCUCAGCAGAGCCUCCAGUCCUUUUGGCCUCGUGUCAUGGAAGAAAUCCGAAAUUUGACAGUGAAAGAUUUCCGUGUGCAGGAGCUUCCACUAGCUCGUAUUAAGAAGAUCAUGAAACUGGAUGAAGAUGUAAAGAUGAUAAGUGCUGAAGCCCCUGUGCUUUUCGCCAAGGCUGCCCAGAUAUUCAUCACCGAGCUGACGUUGCGGGCCUGGAUCCACACAGAAGACAACAAACGUCGUACUCUCCAGAGAAAUGACAUUGCCAUGGCGAUUACAAAAUUUGACCAGUUUGACUUUCUCAUCGACAUUGUUCCAAGAGAUGAACUAAAACCUCCCAAGCGUCAGGAGGAGGUGCGCCAGUCUGUGACUCCUGCGGAGCCCGUCCAGUACUACUUCACGUUGGCCCAGCAGCCUACGGCGGCCGUCCAGGUCCAAGGUCAGCAGACUGGCCAGCAGACCACCACCUCUACCACCACCAUCCAGUCAGGACAGAUCAUCAUUGCCCAGCCUCAGCAGGGCCAGACCACCCCAGUGACAAUGCAGGUUGGAGAAGGUCAGCAGGUGCAGAUUGUCCAGGCCCAGCCCCAGGGCCAGACACAGCAGGCACCGAGCAGCACAGGACAGACCAUGCAGGUGAUGCAACAGAUCAUCACCAACACGGGGGAAAUCCAGCAAAUUCCGGUGCAGUUAAACGCUGGCCAGCUGCAGUAUAUCCGCUUAGCACAGCCUGUAUCAGGCACCCAGGUUGUUCAGGGACAGAUCCAGACUCUCGCAGCCAGUGCACAGCAGAUUACACAGACAGAGGUCCAGCAAGGACAGCAGCAAUUUAGCCAGUUCACAGAUGGACAGCAGCUGUACCAGAUCCAGCAGGUCACCAUGCCAGCCGGCCAAGACCUCGCACAGCCCAUGUUCAUCCAGUCGGCUAACCAGGCCUCCGAUGGGCAAACCCCUCAGGUGACGGGCGACUGAGCCCGGCUGGGGCCUCACACGGGGCCACACAGACUCCAUUUCUGCCGCUGUGGCCUGACCUGAGCGUCCCACCACCCCAGAGCCUCCCGAGGGCAAAGACACUGGUGCACACAGCCCAGCUGCAGGCCAGGAAACCGCCAACCAAAAGAGGCAGCGAUGUUUUUUCAUUUCCUUUUUGUCUGUUCUGGUUUUGUUUUUUGUUUUUCAAAGGAAUCAAUAUUUCAGUACGUUGAGCUGUAUGUCCUAUGCUCUUGAAAUGGGAAAUAUCCAACAAAAACCUAUUUAUAGCAUUUUCUUGAGGUAGGGCGACCAACGUGUGCCCUCCUCGUGCCCCUUCUCUCCGCCCCCCCAAGAGCAGCUCUCCAGGCGUGGGAGGUCCUCCCACAACAGCUGCCUUAGUCUUACCUGCCACCUCUGGUGGGUGCCCCCCCUCCCCCCGGUCACUGGCCCCUAUCCAGAGCGAAGCCUCUGCCUCUGGAAGCUGCAGAGACAGUCUUCGUGUUCAAAGAUGAACUUGCCUCCUGGCGCAGUGUCUCGUCUCUUCUGGACCCCUCUGGCCCAGAGAAACUGGGCCUUUCCCUCUCCCCCUCCCCAAUUCUUUCCCCUCAAGAAGCAAAUGAAUACUUGUGCUCGUCUCCUCCUUUGCUGCAUGGACUUCAAACUGCAUGAAUUGAAAUGCAAAGAAUAAAGCUCCUUUUUAGA